CCCACGGCUGAAUGUAAUUGGGGACGUCUGCCAUAGGAUAUAUAAUCAUUAAUACCUGAGCAUGCUCCUUUCAGAGACACCGGAGAAACAAGCCAGCUCAGGGUGACCAUCUGUAACAUCUUACCUGUUACUACUACAACUGAACCAGCUACUACCACACCUGUACCCAGCAUYAUGCGCCUUGUAAGACUGACUGCGUUCACCUUGCUGGCUGCAGCUUGCUGUACACUACCAGCUGCAGCGACUAGAGUGGUUACCUGUGACAAUGGAGAAAACGUCCAGUUCCUGAUCUGUGAUUCUGGCGUGAUCUUCAUUGAGAGAGCUCUGUAUGGACGGACUGACAGAACCACCUGCAGAGAAGGACGACCUGCCAACCAGCUGACCAACACACAGUGUUCACAGACAGGCACCCUGGAGGUCCUCUCACAGAGGUGCAAUGGGAAACAGGUGUGUGAAGUGAACAUUGAAGUCUUCCGUACUUCUGACCCCUGUGUUGGAAUCUACAAAUACCUGGAAACCACCUACACCUGCAUCCUAGCAACACGCAGCAUCACGUGUGAAGGCUCUGAUGUUUUACUAGAAUGUGAUAAAGGUACGAUCCAGAUCCACAGUGCCAACUAUGGCCGCCGUGACCAGCUAGUGUGUUCCUUUAAUCGGCCCGCUAACCAACUAGCCAACACCAACUGUCUCAGCCAAUCCACAACUGCCAGUAAGGUGGCAAAGAGGUGUGAUGGGAAGAGCCAGUGUGACGUCCCGGCGUCCAGUUCUCUGUAUGGGGAUCCCUGUGUAGGAACCUACAAGUACCUGGAUGUGGCUUACACCUGUGGUUUGAUGGCUGCAGCUUGCUGUACACUACCAGCUGCAGCGACUAGAGUGGUUACCUGUGACAAUGGAGAAAACGUCCAGUUCCUGAUCUGUGAUUCUGGCGUGAUCUUCAUUGAGAGAGCUCUGUAUGGACGGACUGACAGAACCACCUGCAGAGAAGGACGACCUGCCAACCAGCUGACCAACACACAGUGUUCACAGACAGGCACCCUGGAGGUCCUCUCACAGAGGUGCAAUGGGAAACAGGUGUGUGAAGUGAACAUUGAAGUCUUCCGUACUUCUGACCCCUGUGUUGGAAUCUACAAAUACCUGGAAACCACCUACACCUGCAUCCUAGCAACACGAAGCAUUACUUGUGACGGUUCUGAUGCGCUAUUAGAAUGUGAUAAAGGUACGAUCCAGAUCCACAGUGCCAACUAUGGCCGCCGUGACCAGCUAGUGUGUUCCUUUAAACGGCCCGCUAACCAACUAGCCAACACCAACUGUCUGAGCCAAUCCACCACUGCCAGUAAGAUGGCAGAGAGGUGUAAUGGGAAGAGCCAGUGUGACGUCCCGGCGUCCAGUUCUCUGUAUGGGGAUCCCUGUAUAGGAACCUACAAGUACCUGGAUGUGGCUUACACCUGUGGUUAAACGAGAUCUUCUUUGAUGAAGAUCAGAUACUUCUGGGAUAUCUUCAUUGGGUGGAUCUGUCUUUCCUGUCCUCUCCUCUUCCUCAUGAAUGUCAAGUUGAGUAAAAUGUAUGUAAUUUCCAUGUCAAGGUUAGUCAAUCACAUUGAUUCUUUAUUUUGGCAUAGGCAUAAUUUACGAUCAACGCUGUGUACGAACGUUUUCUAAAAGAAAGGUGCGGUCAGGACACAUGGAGAAAUAAAACAUGAAUCGCAAAAUAAACUCUUCAAAUAACA